GGGGCAGAGCACUGUUCUCGAGCUCGCGUGUGACUAAUGUAGUUGGCCAGUGAGUUCUCUUUACUCCUCCGGACAGAUCCUGAGAAACCGACAGCGCUGCUGAAAGCACAGACCAACUCCUACAAGCCUACUUGGGAGGAAUGCAGUGUGAUUGCCGGGAAUAGGUUUCCCUGCGUUCAAACGGAAGCUACAAUUAUUCAACAAGUGGCGUGGUUUACAAGUAUAAGUUAAGUGAAGUGAAGACAACACGGCACAACGACAGAAGGAGACAUGGCAACUGGCGGGUUCAGAUCAAAUGCAACAACGGACUUUCUCGAGGAGUGGAAGGCAAAACGUGAGAAGAUGAGAGCAAAAAUGCUUGGGGACAUAGCAGCAGCCACAGGCGUGUGCGCUGGCAGUGGAACAGGCUCUGCUUCCCUGGGGGCCAACAGUAAUAAAAGUGAGACGCGCAGCGCGGCACCAACUACCGAGUUGAACAACAACGGCAAUCCGGAUCGUGGCAGCUCCACGUCUGUGAAUUGUGUCUCAGCCUACCCUAUGGCCCGGUCGUCCUCAUCCUCCGCACUUAGGAGGCCCGACGAUGACCCACACCUGACACCAGCCGCCAGGUGUGCCGAUACAGGAAACCCGAAGAAAGCACCGCAGCCGGAGAAGGUGCCUGACAGCCCGCAACCAGAAGCCAUCCCGACUGCUUGCGACGAUAGCGAUAAGGAAAGUCCAUCACCCAGCAAAAGCAAAGAGAAGAAGAGCUCCGGGCCCAGCGCCAGGAAAGGCAAGGGACAGAUUGAGAAAAGAAAGUUGAGAGAAAAGCGAAGGUCUACAGGUGUUGUCAGUAUACCUUCCAAUGAGAGUCUGGACGAGCUUGACGACGAUGACAGCGUGCCGAAGGACCGCAAGCAGGACGCGGAGCUGACGCAGCAGAACACGGUCCAGAACGAGACAAUGUCCUCUGAGCACGCGCCAGCUCACCUAACUCAGGACACUCCGAGAUGUGGGAGCAGCCGGCAUAAGAGCUCGACAGGCUCUGAAGAGGAGAUGGGAGGUAACAGUCGUCAGCGCCAAGGUUACAGUCGCCAUGGCAGUGCUGGAGUUCCUGGCAGCCUGGAAAAGAGACUUGAUGAACUGGAGAGGGAGCUGACCGCCGAGAGGCAGGAGAACACCCGACUGCUGCAGGCCCACCAGGACCAAGACGAGCUCAUCGGGAAGCUGAAGGAGGAGAUAGACCUGCUGAACAGGGAUCUGGAUGACAUUGAGGAUGAGAAUGAGCAGUUGAAGCAGGAGAACAAGACUCUUCUGAAGGUGGUGGGCCAACUGACCAGGUAGAAUCACAGCGCAGCCAGACGACAGAAAGAAAAAGAAGAGAGAAAAGCAGAAGAAAUCAUAGCCCACGCCCUUUACACCUGGAUCAACCGCUUGGGGGAGUGGCGGGGAGAGAAAGCCUGUGUGUUUGCAGAUGUUGGUGGUUGGGUGGCUUUGGCAGGGGCAGAAGUUGGGUAUCCUGUUUUAUUGUCUUUGUUGUUUAUUUUUUGUUUGUUUGUUUGUCUUUGAGCUUUAGUGUCACAUGAGGAACACUGUUCUACACACCUGAUGCGACUGCCUGACACGAGCGGCACUUGUAGAGCUCGCAGGCCGGCACGCAAUGCAUUGUGGGUUAUGACGGUCCUCUUGCAAAAUCAGAUGGGGCAACUAUAGUAGGGCUACACUAUUUAAUGUAAAUGUUUUGUACAUAGGCUUUUUUUUUGUUUUUGAUAAAGCUGAAAAAAAAGGAAAUUAAAUUGAAUGUACAAUGUAGUGCACCACCAAGCGCUAGCUCCAAGGGAGAGCCACGUGCCCAGCGUUGAAUCACCCAGGGUAAUGGGCAGCAGGCAUUGAAGGCUGCCUGUAGCAUUUUUAUCCCACAAUUUAGGCUUGUUUCGUUGAUGGCAUUAGCCAAAAAAAAACACAAAAAAACAAGGUCCGCAGAGAUGAUCCUGUGCCAUUAAGACCAAAUACAAGGCGAAAUCACUGCUUCCAUCAGCCGAAGUGGGAAUAAUGUCCUACACAUUUUGUCUGCAUGCUCUCGAAAAACACAUCGGGGCCAUCACCCUGGGGAAAAGCGAGGGGCUGAUUCUUCUGCUGAAUUUGUUUCAAAGCCUGCUUUCUCUUUAUUUCAAUUGGCAUUAACUGCAAAACACCAGACAUUAAAAGUGUAUUAGCUCAGAAAAGGAAGUACUCCAAGUAUCUCCCACAAUCAUGCAAGCAUUGAAGAAGCAGCCGCUGCGUUGGCUACAGAUUAUAUAUAUUGUGUCAUAGAGAUAUUAUUAAUGUUGUUAUUCGUGGUGUUUACAAAAAAAAAAACCUUACUUAAAUAUCAAUAGAGGUAGCGUGUUCGUGACGCAAGGUGAGCAAGAAUAUAUAGAAUAGGAUACUGCAGUGCAUUUGUUUUGUAUAUUUACUCUAUAACCAAAUCAGCAAAAAGGAAGGACCAUGCUUAGGUUAAUACCAUGCCUUGUCAAGAGCAUCUCAUUCAGCAGCGAAGUGUCUUAACAUGACUGCUAGUAGCAGUGUGGACACGGCACGGCACGGCACAGCACAGCACAGCGGGCCUGCGACUCUCACCGGCUGCAUUUAGAUGGUUUGGGCUUCUAUGCCAGAACUUGUCAAACACAGCACAUCUCCAGUUCAAAGUACUCAGCAGUGUCGAGGAGUAAGAGGGAAGGGGGAGGGGUGCUGAUGAAGAGAGAACGAGCAGAGGGACAUGGAAGAAUGGGUGUUUUUGUUGUGGGUUGGGGGCCUAGGAAACGGGCAGAGGUGCGCUCCACUCCACUCCUCUCUCUUUCAUUCCCUUGAUGUUGUGGAUGUACAGAAGAUGAAGUCAUUUAAUAAAAGUUUGAUUCUCUCCCU